GAAUUCAAACGUCUCGUAGAGAACGUUUUCUUUUUUUAUUUAAAGUAUACUUAACGUUCAUUACUUUUAUUAAAAAUUAAAAAAAUGAGGUACGGACAAUUAGUGAUUGGACCGGCAGGCAGUGGCAAGUCCACGUACUGUUCUAUAAUGCAAAAACAUGCUGCUGCCGACAGAAGAACAAUUGACGUUGUCAAUCUCGAUCCUGCAGCCGAACACUUUGAUUAUGACUGUCUCAUUGAUAUCAGAGAGCUUAUUUCUGUGGACGAUGUUGCAGAAACUCUGAAUUUGGGACCCAAUGGUUCUCUGGUGUAUAGUUUUGAAUACUUGAUAAAAAAUUUGUCUUGGCUCAAGGAUGAACUGAAAGAUACCGACGAUGAUUACAUUAUCUUUGACUGUCCUGGACAAUUGGAGUUGUAUACGCACAUGACAGUUAUGAAAGACUUGAUCACUGCUUUGCAAGACUCCAAUUUCCACUUAUGUGUGGUGUUUUUAGUUGACAGUCAGUUCUUGGUUGAUGCAUCAAAAUUUUUGUCCGGCACAAUGGCUGCACUGACGGCUAUGAUUAAUUUGGAAUUGCCUCACGUGAAUGUUCUCAGUAAAAUGGAUUUGUUGUCAAAAGCUGCUAGGAAACAGUUGGACAUGUACUUGGAACCGGAUCCAAUGAAUUUACUUGCUGAAGAAGAUGACGACCAUUACAGCAAGCUCACGCAAGCACUUGGUAGAGUCAUCGAAGAUUACAGCUUGGUCAGAUUCUUACCACUAAAUAUUAAAGAUGAAGAGAGUAUAGCAGAUAUAAAAUUGACAGUUGAUAAUAUUAUUCAGUAUGGCGAGGAAGAAGAUGUAAGAAUGAGAGACUUUGAUGAACCUGAUCCUGAAGAUGAUGACUAAAUAUGUUGAAAUUUUUUAUAAAUUGUAAAAAAGCUGUAAAUACAAAAAUGUAAGUUUUUAUAAAUUAUUUUUUUUUAAAUCGUUACUUUUAUAAUCACCUGGGUAUCUUGUAACCGCGAUUUUUUUUAUCAAUAAUAAUUCGAAACUGAGUUAUGGAACACAUGCAACGAGUAAAGUAAAAUUUAAAAAAAAACUACAAUCAUGAUAUACA